AUGUCAGAAAACAAAUAUUCAGUAAUUCUUCCAACAUUUAACGAAAGAAGAAACUUACCAAUCUUAAUAUAUUUAUUGGAGAAAACCUUCCGUGAGAAUAAAUUAGAUUGGGAAGUUAUUAUCGUUGAUGAUAAUUCCCCAGAUGGAACUCAAGAAAUUGCCAAAAAGUUAAUUGACUUAUAUGGAGCAGACCAUAUCAUAUUAAGACCAAGACCAGGGAAAUUAGGAUUGGGUACUGCUUAUGUCCAUGGAUUAAAAUCUGUUAGUGGAAAUUUUGUUCUUAUUAUGGAUGCCGAUUUCUCCCAUCAUCCAGAAGCAAUUCCUGAAUUUAUAGCAAAGCAAAAAUCCCAAGAUUUCGAUAUUGUUACAGGAACAAGAUAUGCCGGCAAUGGUGGGGUUUAUGGUUGGGAUUUUAAGAGAAAAUUGAUUUCAAGGGGGGCUAAUUUCUUAGCUACUAUUGUUUUAAGACCGCAUGUAUCUGAUUUAACUGGGUCCUUUAGACUUUAUAAGACUGAUGUUUUGAAGAAGAUUAUCGAGGUAACUCAAUCUAAAGGGUAUGUCUUCCAGAUGGAAAUGAUGGUUAGAGCAAGAGCUUUGGGAUUCACUGUUGGCGAAGUGCCAAUUAGUUUUGUUGAUAGAUUGUAUGGGGAAUCUAAAUUAGGUGGGGAUGAAAUUGUUCAAUAUGCUAAAGGUGUAUGGAGUUUAUUUACCAGUGUUUAA